ACACCUUCGAGCAUACAACAUAUCUCAGGAGGCUGACUAACAUGUUGCCUCCCCCUUCUUUGCUAUAACCUUUCUUGUGUAUAUAAGGCCUGGUGCAUCUGUACGAGAAUUCUCACCGGAAUUUUCUGUUGCCUUGUGAGCUUUGUGGUGAUCAACCAGCUGUGUUGGAACAUUGUUGCACGAACAAUUGCUAGUCCAUCACACCCCGGAGUCUGUUUAUUAAUCGGUAGCGCUAACGUCGAAUAUCUAUUAAGUUGAGCUAGCCGGUGGUGAUUAUUGCACGACGAUGAUCCAAGGCUACGGAUCGGUCACACAAGCACUGCUGGGAACGCUUUUAACAUGGGGACUAACAGCGCUUGGAUCGGGUUUGGUGGUGCUGCUGAGAGGCAAUCAGCGGAAAUCAUUGGAUAUUUCACUCGGUUUUGCGGCCGGUGUCAUGAUUGCGGCUUCCUUCUGGUCAUUGCUGGCUCCGGCAAUUGAGCUAGCGGAAAACUCGCACAUGUACGGCAGCAAAGGAGAGUUCGCCUUUAUCCCCGUGGCUGUAGGAUUUCUGCUGGGCGCAAUUUUUGUGUACGGUACUGACAAAAUCAUUUCCUAUUUGGGGAUUAACAGCCCGACAAUGAUGAUUGCACUAACGCACGCAAACAAAGACAAAGCUGACAUUGCUAUGGACGAUCAAGUGUCUGCUGAGCAUGGCAGAAGUUCGUACGCUGGAGUAGCCCCAAAUUCGACGGAUCAUGCGCUGGCCAUCGGGAUGGAUAGCUUUGCGGAUUGUCUGAACGCACAGCACGGCAGUGUGUCGCGAAAGCGCAGGAAAGGAAGUUCUACGGCAUCGGUCAGGGAACAGUCGGUGUAUACAAACAAUAGCCAAAGUCAGCUGGAUGCACAAUUAUCCCAGUGGAAACGAAUCAUGCUGCUUGUGGUAGCCAUUACUGUGCACAACAUACCGGAAGGUUUGGCAGUGGGUGUCAGUUUCGGUGCCAUUGGCACCACUGAAUCGGCCACGUUCGAGGCAGCACGGAAUCUUGCCAUUGGCAUUGGUAUACAAAAUUUUCCCGAAGGGUUGGCGGUGAGUCUACCUUUGCACGCCGCUGGAUUUAGUUUGGGGAAAAGCUUUUGGUACGGGCAGUUGUCCGGCAUGGUGGAACCCAUAUUUGGAGUGCUUGGUGCAGUUGCCGUGAGUCUUGCGACUAUCAUACUACCAUACGCGCUAUCUUUUGCUGCCGGUGCCAUGAUCUACAUUGUGGCGGACGAUAUUUUGCCAGAAGCACAUGCAAGCGAUAAUGGACUCAUAGCUACUUGGGGCACGAUUGCAGGCUUUGUGGUGAUGAUGUGUUUAGACGUGGGGCUCGGAUAAAGUGGACAUUUAUUGGGAGUAUCAAUUUGGAACUAUCUGGAUAGUUCCUUGCAGGAAUGAUCAUUGCGCCUCGAUUGAACGAGCCAGUGUCUAUUAGAUGGUACUUGAUUAAGUAUUAAACCACGGUGUGAAAAUUCUAUGUUAUAAUCACUGAGUUUGCUGUGGAUUAGUAGUAGGACGUUUGCAUAGGUUAUUUUUUAAAUUGGACAUAACAUACUAAAACAUCAGAAACACAGUGCUUAAAUCGCCAAUAAAUGCUGGCAGCAGUGGCAUGACUAUUUUA